AGUCGCGCCGAGGGCUCCAUUCAGUGCGACGCAAGAGAUCGGCCGAGGAAGACGCCCCUCUUUUAUAUAGAACAUCAUCGAUACGUCGGCACCAACAUAUCAACCAACAACCAACAUUACCAUCAUCAAACACAGACUACGAAGAUGACAUCACGAGUGCGUCAUUGUGCCCGGCUGGGAAUCGUCGUUCUGGGUAUCUUUUGCAUUGCCAGUGGGAUUUAUCUCUUCCGCAACUGGAUUGAGAUGUUUACACGCAUGCGCGGCAAGGAAAUGGCCUUGAGUCCCACAUCACGAUCAUACGAGGGCUGGAAAAUCUCUCCCCUGCCCCUCAACUUCGAUGUCUACAUCUUUAACUGGACGAAUCCGGAGGACUUUUAUGUGGGAUCCGGCAUUAAGCCGCGCUUCCAGCAACUGGGACCGUAUCGGUUUAGGGAGAGUCCCGACAAGGUGGACAUUGCUUGGCACAACCAGAACGAUUCAGUGUCAUUUCACAAAAAGGCCUGGUUCUACUUUGACGCUGCCGGCAGCAAUGGCAGUCUCUCAGAUGUAAUAACGCAGGUCAAUACAGUGACACAUAUUGCUGCUAAACGGGCUGCUGAUAGCUGGGUUGGAAGAGCGGGAGUCAACAUAGCCAUUAGAAUGUAUGGACAGCAGUUGACAGUAUCGAGAACUGCCGAAGAAAUGCUCUUCAAGGGCUACGAGCAUCCAUUUAUUAAGCUGGGAAAGGUACUUCGUCCCGACGAUGUGCCGUAUGUUCGCGUUGGCUUUCAGUAUCCACGAAACGGAAGUACCAGCUUUGACGGGGAUAUUAACAUGUUCACCGGAGCCGACGAUAUUGCCAAAAUGGGUCAGAUUCACACAUGGAACAAUAUGACACACACGGGCGCCUUUGAGGGUACAUGCGGUCAGGUGCGCGGCUCCAUGGGCGAAUUCUUUCCGCCCAAUUUGAGCACCAACGAUAGCGUCUACAUGUAUAUGCCCAAGAUGUGCAGGGCCGUUCCCUUGGACUACACGGAAACGGUAACUGUUCACGGCGUGACCGCCUACAAGUUCAGUGGCACCGAACAUGCCGUGGACAAUGGCACCCUCUACCCUGAGGCGAGUUGCUACUGCGUCGGCGGCAAGUGCCCGCCUAUUGGUGUGAUCGACGUUAGUCGCUGUUCCUUUAAUGCGUCGGUUUACAUGUCAUAUCCUCACUUUUACAAAGCGGAUCCAAGGUUCCUGGAGGACCUUGAGGGUCUGCAGCCGGAGCAAGAAAAGCACGAGUUCUUCAUGACGCUGGAACCGAAUGCAGGUGUGCCAAUGGACGUGGGUGGUGGCUUUCAAGCCAACUACUUCAUCGAACCUGUACCGGGGAUAAGCAUAUACGAAAAUAUUCCAAAGCUUAUGAUUCCCAUGAUAUGGUGUGAGGAACGCGUUCGCGUCACAGAGGAAAUCGCCAAUGACAUAGCGCUGGUGCCUUUGAUUGUCCUGCUCGGACAGAUCGUAACUGGAAUUCUGCUGGCUGGCGGUCUUAUCUGCACCUGCUGGUAUCCGACGCGGCAAGUUACGCACUUCUGUCACAGCGAUCCCAAGGCGAAGGCCAGUGUCCUUAGGCCACUUACUGCCUUUGGUGUAAAUCCAACGGCAGCAACGGCUCCUGUGGCGCAGCUUUUCCGCACAAACACUAGUGCGUCAGGCAACGAGCGCGUGGGAGUGCGCCUGCUCGACUAUCGGCGUGACUCCGGCUUGAGGGAGGAGGAGAGCGUUGGCGUCUCCGAGAGGUCACAGAGGGAACGACUGAUCAGCGUGGAUUCGCCCGAUGUGAUAGUUAGAUAAUACAUAAGCUGGCAUAACGCAUUUCUGGCGAUGCCGCCUACAAUCAUCUGCCUAAGACUCAUUUAUGUCGCCGUAGCCUAGUAUAGAAGCCAUUUUGCCUUAGCCAGACCCUCAGCGGCUGGCUCACACAGGAGAUCGCCAAAUCUAUAUCACACGCAUCACCACAUUAACACUCACACACUUCCACCCCCUUAGGAGUUCCCUCUGCAGACAGCGAGAGAGAUUAAUAAGAUUAUUUAUUAUUUAGUGCCAAAAAGAAGAGGGUAAAAAACAGCAGAGAACCCAAGCAAAAGUCAUUAACUAUUUUUAUAGGCUUAAGCUUCUAUCUGUAAAUAGAGUGAGUCGUUAAGUUUCCCAUUUGCUAUCUAUCAUCCAUUUACCUAAAAAUUGUUGAAGUUGAAACUGCGCAUGCCCAAAGUAUUUAUAUAUUUUAACUAUAAUACGUCAAACUUUUGUAACUCGUAGAUCGAUAUUUUAGUUUUAUUUAAGAAGAGAUGAAGUGAUAAAGCGAACCUAUGGAAAAUAACAUUAAGAAGUGAGCUCUUUUGCCGACUUGCUCAUUUUUAGAUAGGUCUUUUAAAUAUCACCUGCAAAGAUUUCACAUAUCCUAUGUACAUAUAUCGAUCAAUGUAAGUUAGAUGAUAGUAGAGCACAGCUGUGAACCCCUGGAAAUAUUUCCGAUAAUUCCUUAAAAUACAUUUGAAUUUAAAGAAAAGAAUAAAAACCAAAUUAAAUGAAA